AUUAUAAAUGAUGCUUAUUUAAGUGAAUUAAUAGCUUUAUCACUUGAUAUUCUUCCGUAUUCAAAACCGAUUUAUCAAAAACCAUGAAUGUAUAGAUCUCUCAGCAGACGAUAUCCUAUUUGAACUAUUUUACUGCCGGACUUUUUUCAUUGGACGCGUUCGUUUCACUGCGCAACGCCUCGCGCUCAUAAAAAUGACAGAUGGGUGUUACUGGGCGGCGUUACGAGAAAAAGAAUAACUUGCCAGGGGUUUCUAUAGUUCACACUGAUACGAUAUUGAGCAAAUGUUGUAUGGCUGUCCCAGAAAGAAAAAGCAUUUAUAAAAAGUGAAUUUUAACCUGCGAAAGUGAGUGGACAGCUUGAGUUUUUAUGAAAUACCGAACACAUUCGAAGAGACAACUUUCAUAACGUGUACGAAGGAGAAAAUUGUUUGGAUUACUUUAAGAAACUAACUGGGAAAAUAACAAUUUAACCAGAGAAAAAUUGUGAAGUUAAACAGGGAUUUUACAUUUGUACGUGUCAAAUACAUUUUAUUCAUAAUUUGAAAUCAGAUCAAAGACAUGUUUAUAAAAUGUGGUGGUAUACAGUAACGUCAACCGUUAUCUAACGUAGUGAUCAUCCGGUGUUUUUUUUUUUUUUUGAAAGAGAAUAAGUUACAUUAUUUCCUAACGUCACAGACGUUUUGAAACAGUCAAAGUGGCGAUCCAAAACGUAAUAUCUACAAUGCAGCUGUGUGCCGGGUGUCAGUGCCCAAUAGUGGACCGAUAUUUGUUGAACGUUCUUGACAGAGCCUGGCACGUUCGCUGCGUGCAAUGUGCGGACUGCGGGUGUGCUCUUAGUGAUAAGUGUUUCUCACGGGAAGGGAAGCUUUACUGUCGCACCGACUUUUUCAGGAGAUUCGGCACGAAAUGCGCAGGUUGCUCUCAAGGCAUUUCUCCAAAUGACCUUGUACGAAAGGCACAAAGUAAAGUAUUCCAUCUUAAAUGUUUCACAUGUAUGAUUUGCCGGAAACAACUGUCCACCGGGGAAGAGCUAUAUAUCGUUGGUGAAAACAAGUUUCUCUGUAAAGAUGACUACAUACAACAUAAGUUAGAAGGUUCAGACGGGGAGGACGAUUCCAUGGAUUUUGACAGCACGUUAGAUAGUCAGGAUAGUGAGAAAGACAUUUUUGGAGAUGAGAAAUCUCAUAUAAUAAAAUCCAAUACGAACCAAAACGAAGAUUUGAAAGGUGCAGAUAUGCUAUUGGACGCGAACAAUUCUUUCAAUUCAAAAUUCAACGGUCAUUGUACAUCGCCAAUAAAAAUGGAAAAUGGCUUAUUAUCGGAACAUCAAAUUUCUGUUAAACUGGAAAGCGGGAUGAACGGUUUAAAUGAAAAUACGCCACCGUCACCGCAUAGCCCGGAUAUAAACAUGAAUUGUGGGACGACUUCCGGUCCCGGAAGCGACGAAAGCGUUGAUAUUAAUGACAAUAUUUCUUGUGGUGAUAUAAACGAUAAUGAUGGAGACGCAAAUGAUGCGAAUGGAAACCAUUCUGGUCCCGGUAGUAAGCGAAGAGGACCUAGAACAACAAUUAAGGCCAAACAAUUGGAAGUUCUCAAGGCAGCGUUCAAUGCUACACCAAAACCAACCCGACAUAUAAGAGAACAGUUGGCAUCAGAAACCGGACUAAAUAUGAGAGUUAUACAGGUAUGGUUCCAAAACAGACGGUCUAAAGAACGUCGGAUGAAACAGUUAAGCGCUCUUGGGGCCAGGCGACAUUUCUUCAGAAGUCCACGGCGCAUGCGCGCCCUCAGGGGUGAUUUGGAUGAUGCAGAGAUGAUGGGACCCGGAUUUGGCUAUUAUAAUGAAGGUGAACCAGAUAUGUAUGGUAAUUUUCCACCUUAUAAUACGUUUUACCAUGGUCAAGGCCCAGGACCAGAAAUGCCACCUGGAAAUAUGAACUUCAUGAUGCAGAAUCCACGUGGUACACCCCCACAUAUGGAUCAUGGAAUGAUGGCUUCGAGAGUUGGUAUGGUUCCAGAUGGACAGUUUAUGCCCGGGGAUAUUCUCCCACCGUCAACAUCACCAGAAUCAAUGCACAACAUCCAUUCUGAGGAGCAAUUCUUGUCAAACGGUCCUGGACGACCAAUGAUUCCGCCAUUUUCAUCAGCGUCAUCGUUACAAAGUUUUCCCGGUAGACCGGAAAUGACAUCAGAAGUGUGGUGAUGACGUGUUACUGUUAUGUUUACUAGUAAACUCAUACUGACACAAAUAUUUGUGCUAAAUAUAAGUUUUAAGUAGGAUGUGUAUAUGUUUAAAGAGUAGGCACAGAGAAUGUGACUAUGGGGACGUAUUUCAAGAAAACGACACAAAUAUUGACAUAUCGAACAAAGUAUGUCAAAUGUAUGCUUUAAUCAAAAGUGCUUAAAAUAACAAUUGUGAAAAAAUCCGGUUUUACACAUUGGCCACUUUAAUCAACUGGUCAACUUAUAUCUAUGUUUGGACAUUUUGUUACAGCAUGUACAAGAGAAAGACGGCAGGAUAUUAUAAAUGUUCCAUUCAUAUAUUUAAAAUCUCACUUAAUAUAGCAACUCAUUCACAAUAUGUUUCAAAAUCACUUCAAAUCAGCACCCUUGCAGUCAUGACAUGGGCAGCUUAGCCCUGUGGAAAGAAAACAAUAACAGGACAGAAGUUUUCGGUAUCUAUUUACAAGAUGGGUUUUGAAAUUCAAACUUCUUUAUUUUGUGAUAUAUUGUUUAGUGGGUGGUUUAUAUGUACAGCAUAUAUUGUGCUAUUUCACUUUAUGAAUAUUGUUGUUUAUGUUUUUUGACAAAACUAGAUGUAUAUAUACACUCAGUCUGAUUGACGUUUACUCAGAAACUACAUUUUGAUAUAACUCUUGCAUCAACAAGACACAACUUUAAGUUAUACUCAUUGAUCCUUUUAUUCAUUUCAAUCUCACAACUCCAUUUAAAAAAAAUCAGUCGUUUCAGUUAUAUUGUAAAUUAUAUCAGUGCAUAAUACCACUUUUGCCAAAAUGUUUACUAAAAAGAUUUCACCAGUCUUAACAAUCUGUAAAACGUAUUUUGUAACAAUAGUAAGUGACAAAAUGCAUUUUCCUAAUUAUGUUUUAAAACCAUUAUUAAGUCACUGAAUACAACGGUCAUUUAGAGAUGUCCAUUAAAUUCAUUUUAAACCUAAUCAAAAACACUUUGUUGGAAAUGACUGCAAAAGAAAGCAAUGCAUUCUAACUUUUGUGAUUUGGCAAUGAAAGCAAUUCUUCAUUGAAAAAUGUUUUCUUUACUUGUAUUUUGUUGGUUCUGAAACAAUUUCCGUAAUAUAUGUUUUUGCACUAGAACUCCAUAAAUGUUUUAAUUGAGAUGGUUAAAUGUAUCAAAUAUGCUAUAUACUUUUGACCUUAAAUAGCAUAAAAAUCCAGUCUUUUAAUUUUUUAAUUGGCAAUGAACAGUUGUAUGUAUUAAAUCAUACAGUUGUAUGUAAUGGAUUCUCAAUAAAUUUCUAAAUCUGUAUAGAAAAAAAGUUAAUUUCAAUUUAUCUCAGUGCAUAAUUGUUUUUGUCCUGAGAGUGAAUGCUUAAUUUUCUAUAGUUACACGUUUUCUUUUUUGUUUCUGUGAGUAUGUGGUUUUAUUUCAAAGAGAUAUAUUAUUUAUGAAAAUAAAAUUGAAAAUACCAAA